AUGUUAGGCGAGUGUCCACACCUUUUAACGCCCCAUAAUGUUGACAAAACCUAUUCAUUUAACGCUCGCGUUGAGCCAUAUACACCAUGGUAUUGUCGCCAAACUAUCAAACUGUGGGCAAAGCUCUCAUACUGGCACGAUUUGUCCUGUGCUAAUUCAUUUGUGAACAGUACAACAAAUCAUGGUAUAUCGGCCCAUGAAGCGUUGUGGGGCGAAUGUUGCGAACCUAUUUUGCUCUUUGACCUUGGUGCAGGAUGUGGCUAG